AUGGACGUGGUGUUCUCGUUAAUAUGGUCAAACCCAAGCCCCUUCUUGAAAGUACCGGUAGUUGAAACCGCCAAUAAUGAUCGGCCAUCCAACCUCUGUCCCAAGAAGUUCACACCCUCCCUUGAAUUCGUCCGAUCGAGCAACCAUGUCUCUGAGGCCGGGACGAGAACCGAAGUUCGCCGGAGCAGGUAUAAGGUCGCUGUCGAUGCAGACGAAGGCCGGCGAAGGAGGGAAGACAACAUGGUUGAGAUCAGAAAGAACAAAAGAGAAGAGAGUUUACUUAAGAAGCGUCGCGAGGGCCUUCAAGGCCAGCAAUUCCCAGCUGCCCUCAGUGUCUCUCAAAUGGACAAGAAGCUAGAAAGUCUUCCGGCUAUGGUUUCUGGUGUUUGGUCAGAUAAUAGCAGCUUACAGCUUGAAGCAACUACUCAAUUUAGAAAGCUGCUCUCAAUAGAACGCAAUCCUCCUAUUGAGGAGGUGAUACGAUCUGGUGUUGUUCCAUGCUUUGUUGAGUUUCUUGGCAGGGAUGACUACCCGCAGCUUCAGUUCGAAGCAGCUUGGGCUCUCACAAACAUUGCAUCAGGAACAUCUGAUAACACAAAAGUUGUAAUUGAUCAUGGAGCUGUUCCAAUUUUUGUGAGACUUCUUGGUUCUCCCAGCGACGAUGUUCGUGAGCAGGCUGUUUGGGCAUUGGGAAACGUUGCUGGUGAUUCUCCUAAAUGUCGCGAUCUUGUCCUUAAUCAUGGAGCACUCAUGCCAUUAUUGGCUCAAUUCAAUGAGCAUGCAAAACUUUCUAUGUUGAGAAAUGCUACAUGGACAUUGUCAAAUUUUUGUAGGGGGAAGCCGCAACCUCAGUUUGAGCAGGUUGGAGAUACUUUAGCCCUGACAAAGCCUGCACUACCAGUUCUUGCACGUCUUAUACAUUCAACUGAUGAAGAAGUCCUCACUGAUGCAUGCUGGGCAUUAUCAUAUCUUUCUGAUGGUACAAAUGACAAGAUCCAAGCUGUUAUCGAUGCUGGUGUCUGCCCCCAUCUAGUUGAACUAUUGCUUCAUCCAUCACCAACAGUCCUUGUUCCUGCUUUGCGAACGGUUGGUAACAUUGUUACUGGGGAUGAUAUUCAAACUCAGGUAAUUAUAGACCAUCAAGCUCUUCAUUGUCUUCUGAACCUUUUAGUGCAUAGUUACAAGAAGAGUAUCAAAAAGGAAGCUUGCUGGACCAUCUCAAACAUCACUGCUGGAAAUAGGGAUCAGAUACAGGCUGUAAUUGAGGCUGGUAUUAUUGCACCACUUGUCCAACUGCUGCAAAUUGCAGAGUUUGAGGUCAAGAAAGAGGCUGCUUGGGCAAUUUCCAAUGCUACAUCUGGUGGCACCCCUGAGCAAAUAAAAUUAUUGGUGAGCCAGGGGUGUAUUAAGCCUUUGUGUGAUCUUCUAGUUUGUCCUGAUCCACGAAUAGUCACAGUGUGCUUGGAAGGGCUUGAGAAUAUCCUAACGGUUGGGGAAGCAGAGAAGAACAAGGGCAAUACAGGCAAUGUAAAUUUAUAUGCCCAGUCGGUUGAUGAUGCUGAAGGGUUAGAAAAGAUAGAAAACCUACAGAGUCACGAUAAUAAUGAAAUUUAUGAGAAAGCAGUAAAGAUUCUUGAGACUUUUUGGUUGGAGGAAGAGGACGAGCAAUUGCCUCCAGGUGAUGCUUCUCAGUCUGGAUUCCAGUUUGGAGGGAAUGAACUUCCAGUUCCAUCUGGGUGUGUUCAGGUGGUGUUUAAAUAUCAGUUCCAGUUUGAGUUUGGGCCAGUGGAACAUUUUGUUUGGGGCCUGGUUGAAGGGAAGCUGCCGGAACCUCAAACUUAA